CGUGAGACUGUUAGGAGAGUUUGGUGGUGAUGGUUGUCGUCGUCUUCGUCGUCAUCAUAGUCGUCGGUGAAGAGCGCGAAGAGUCAGGGAAACCACGGAUCCGAUGAUCGUCGUGAGGUUCGAGGGUGGAGCACACCGCACGACGCGACUCAAGCACAGUCGGAAUCAGAAGAGAGCGAGGUUCUACCAGUCGCACAUGCUCUGGUUCCACUGCUCUUGUGGGCGCGCACUUUAACUUCUUUCUUUCGGUUCUUUUUCCCUCAACAUUUGUUCAUGUAACAGUUCCAUCGCGGCCGCUGCCGGUGCGUACGAAUCGCGCGCGCGCUCCCAGCUACAAAACUUCGUUGCUUACAAAUAAAUUUUCUGAUAACGGGGAAUCCCCGUUCUAGUGAUACGUUUAAUAUCUGUGUUGCUCCUGGUUUUGCGAAUUUUGUGUGUGCAGUUUCUUCAAUCUCUUAUCGGAUUAUUACACAAAUAUCUAUCAUCAUCAGUCGUUGUGGCUUCUUCUCCAUUUAAAGGAUUAACACUUGUGCUUCAAAUGUAAAAGUGCAGUAAGUUGGGGUCGAGGCAUGGAGGGCGACGGAGACCGCUGCGCCGAUGAGGGCUACCUCCUGGUGAGGAUCCACGUGCCCGAACUCAACGUGCAAAAGUGCCUACAAUUCCCCAGGGACCAACUCGUCUGGGAUGUUAAGCAGCAGUGUCUCGCCGCGCUGCCCAAGGUGGCUUCGUGGUACAGGGAACUAAAGGAGAGCUUCAACUAUGGCCUCUUCUGCCCUCCGGAGAACGGAAGAGCCGGAAAGUUCUUGGACGAGGAGAGACGUUUGGGGGAUUACCCUUUCAACGGUCCCGUGGGAUAUUUAGAGCUGAAGUAUAAGCGGCGGGUGUACAAAAUGCUGAGUUUGGACGAGAAGCAAUUGAAGAGUUUACACACUAGAGCGAACCUCAGACGGUUCCUCGAUUACGUGACCAAUGGGCAGGUCGAGAAGAUCACGAAGAUGUGCUCGAAGGGCUUAGAUCCGAAUUUUCACUGCCAGGAAUCUGGAGAGACACCACUGACGAUUGCGACUGGGGUCAAGAAACCUGGAAAAGUGUUGAUAGCGCUUGUUAAUGGUGGAGCUCUUCUGGACUACAGGACCAGAGAUGGGACGACGGCGAUGCACAGAGCAGUGGAGAGCAAAAACUUGGAGGCGAUGAAAACAUUAUUGGAAUUGGGUGCAUCGCCUAAUUACAAGGAUAGCAAGAGCAUCACGCCACUCUACCUCACCGUCACGCACAACGUUGAGCCGAUCUUUGCGGAAAUCCUGCUUCACGACCACGCAACUAUAGGCGCCCAAGAUCUCCAAGGAUGGCAUGAAGUGCAUCAAGCAUGUAGAACAGGAUUAUUUCAGCACUUGGAGCAUCUUCUAUUCUACGGUGCUAAUAUGAACGCGAGGAACGCAUCUGGAAACACACCUCUGCAUAUUUGCGCAGUUUUCAAUCAAGAAUCCUGUGCGCGACAGCUGCUGUUCCGGGGUGCCGAAAGGCAGGCCCUCAACUACGCCAAUCAAUCACCCUACCAGGUGGCUGUGAUCGCUGGAAACAUGGAAUUGGCGGAAAUCAUACAGACCUAUAAACAGGAGGAUGUCGUUGUGUACCGCGGACCGCCGACGUACAAUCCAAAAAGACGAUCAGCCAUUGGCUGGCUGAGCCGAGCUCCGUCCAUUGGUUGCCUUGCCCUGCCCCCAUCCCCUUGUCCGAGCGACCGCUCUUCCGCCCCCUACAGCUCGGCCAGCUCAAGCAUGAGCGAUGCCAGUCACAUGCCCCACGGCAAUGAAACAGACGAUGCCAGCAUCAUCACAGAUAAGAGCCUCGUCGACAGCGACAUCAUCAGCGACAGUUCAGGAGUUGGUACAGCCAAUUCUGAUACGACAAUAGGAAGUAUCUCAUUACCAGGAACGACCGUAGUUUGCAUCGAAUCGUUUACUGCUCACGAAGAAGGACAAAUCAGUAUUAGAGAAGGAGACAUUAUCGAAGUCACCGGUGCUACGGACGAUGGUUAUUUGGAAGGCACCUUGAAGCCGGGUGGCGGAAGAAAUGGUCUUUUCCCGGCGAAUUGCGUACAAGAAGUAAGAUUGAGGCAUCACAACAUACAGGCGCCAAUGAUGGUGGCCAGAGAUAGGAACUCAACGCAACCGCGUAUCGAAACUACCAGCAGUCGGGUUUUGGGCCGAAGGGAAAGCACCUCGAAACAUUUCGCUACAGCUCCAAGACUUAAAAAAUCGUACUCGGUGGCUUCUGCUGAGCCUAGAACCGUUGUUCUGCACAGGGGUCGCAAAGGUUUCGGAUUCAUCCUCAGAGGAGCUAAAGCUACAUCUCCGUUGAUGGAAUUAACACCUUCCGAUAAAUGUCCAGGUCUUCAGUAUCUUGAUGAUGUUGAUCCUGGAGGUGUGGCAGACAUAGCAGGUUUGAGAAAGGGAGAUUUCCUACUGGAAAUCAAUAAGGAAGACGUGUCUUCGGCAUCGCACGAGCACGUUGUUGAUUUGAUCAGGAAAUCGGGUGACCUAGUAUCGAUGACCGUGGUCAGUUUGGGUGGUACGAGUGGGCCUGGAACAUUGCCUAGCAGUAAAAGCACCAUUCUGCAGAGCGGAAAUACAGAUGUACCUUUGAGCAGGCAGUACGCAACGUUACCGAGGAAACUAGGAAACAGUACCAAUACAGGUACUUUGGGUAGAAGCCAGGCGCCUCUGCCUCCCAGAAGGGAUCCGAAGACGACGCUGAGUGUGGGAAGGGCGCGAGCCAAGAGCAUGGUUGCUGGGCUCGAAGCUGAGAAAGAAGAGACUGAUGAUAUUACAAAAUCGAGCUCUGCCGAGUCUAUCCAUCAAGGUACGGGCAAUUCUACCCCGGUUCAGCCUAGAACCGCAUCAAUCCGACAGCGGCCUACAUCCAGUCGAAUAACGUCUGCUGAAUUAGAGGAACUCUUCCAAAGACAGAGAGGCGAUGAUAACAGGCAGCCUUCGUUGAUGAGCAGUUCCAAUUUCCAAAGUGGCCAUAAUACCAUUAGUUCUCCAGCAAAAGGACGUGUAUACGCAAGUGUAUCUGAAAUGAAGAGGUGCAAGGGAAAACCGACAAAGGUACGCUUCAACAGUUCUAAUGUCGGUGAACUUCAUCGGGAUUUCCAUUCCACUCCGGAUUUGGCUGCGGCCCUAGCUGCCGCCUCCACUCUUCCUACCAAAUCUCACAGAAGUCAAGAAGACGUUACCAUCCUCUUAGGAAAUAGAUCUUCGCCUCCUAAUCAUCCACCACCGCCGCCGCCGACCGGCCAAGUUAUUAAAGUCGACGUCCGCAACUCCACGGACUGUGACAAUCUGAAUAGCAAGGAGAAUGGCGAGGAACCUAUUGUUUCCUCUUUCAGACCAACGGCGACGGCUAAAUUAUAUGCUUCGCCGGAAGAUGUUAAGACAGUCGGCUACAGAUCACGAUCUCUUCCUUCGCACACUGGUCGCACCGUGCGAAAAUCCCACAGUAUGCGCACCAGUUCCACUUUCAAACCGAGUAGUACAACAGCCGCCGUCAUUCCAAAUGCACCGCCGGCUCUCAAUCCUUACGCUCAGCCGAUAAAUCGCGCCUCGCGUUCUCAUUCAAUAACUGGAUCGAAUAAAGACCGGAAAAAGCGAAAUUCCACACCCGGUAUCGAAACUCCUCCAAUUCCGGAACCUGACUACAGUUGCAGUGAAUCCGACAGCGAGGAUGAGAAGAAGCACGGAAGAUUAGGUGCAGUUCAAUUACACCCUAUAGAAAACAGUGGAAAUAGUAAUGCCAGUGGAAGCAGCUCAGGCAGUAGCUCCAUUCCGCAUAGUUUUAGUGUGGACGAAAUACAGAAAGGCAGGUCUCAACUGAAAUCUUCCAAAUCUUAUCCGGACGAUUUCUUAAAGAAGCAGGCUGCAGCUUUAGAGGACGGUGACAACAGCUCAUCUGGAGUCAGCUCUGACCAGGAAGUUCCAGCGCCUAGCCAUAACCAGGAAUUCGCAGAACCACGCAUAGCUGCUGAAGUCAACAGUCUUACCUUACCUAGCACCAAGGGCCAACGGCAAUCUAUAGGUACUAUGUAUAGACAUGCCAUGUCUUUGGCGCAAUUACCACCGCCGUUGGAGGCGGAUUCCGACGAAAAGGAGGAAUUCUGUUUACCACCACCUCCAGAGUUUACUGGAGAAAACGGAGCACCACAGCAAGAGACUCCGGAGGCGGUACUGGCACCGCCGCCGCAGUUCAGCGACGUGCGGCACGGCGGUACCGGAGGAACUCGCGUCCGCAUCGUCGGCGCCGUCCCCAAGCUGAAUCCUUCAGCGAAGGUGAAGCACGGGCGCCUCCACAGCCAAUGAAUACUCAACUAAAUAUAGGAAGCAUCACUAAACAAAAUACAUAAUAAAUAAAUACAUAACUUGGAGAACUUUAGUCAAUUUGAUGGCGCCAACGCACAAGUUUCCGUUUCCUUUGAGUUAUAUAAUAAAUUUAUGAACAAAUAGAAGGAAUUGAUUAAUCAACAACAUCACGCACGCCAUCAACAUUUGUCUACACCAUAUAGUUUCUUCCAUAUCUCAUCCGCAGUUUUGUACUCUAGGCCCUUUAGUCUCUCAAUGUUUGAACUGCGAGGAAAUCAUUGCACUUUGUAAAAGUCCGUCAUUCCUUAGAUUAAUUAAUUACAAUCAUCCUGCCAAAUGUUACGAAUAUUAUUAGGAACGUAUUACUAUUAUUAUUAUUAGUAUUCUAAUUAUACAAUAUUAUAAUUAUUAUUAUUAUUAUGGUAAUUACUAUAAAGGAGAGUUGUAAGAGAUUGAAAGUUUGUGAGAAAGAAAGGAAGAGAGUUCGGUGAGUGUAAUAUAUAUUUGACUAUAAUGUGUUUAUUCCUCUUUUAAAUUAUUAUAUUUUUCUAUGCGAAUUUUUUUAUUGAAAAUGCCAAAGCUCCUGUGAAUAUGAUUUGAGGAGUUCAAUUUUGCGAUUGUUUGCGGAAUAUGCUCAAUUUCAAGGGGGGAAAAUAUACAAAUAGAAAUUUCGAUGUUGCAAAUGAAUGCCUAAAAUGUUUGUCUUGUUUAUUUUCUGUAUAUAUGAUUUAAAGGGAUCGAUUAGUAAGGUUUGGUUUUGGGGUUUCAGACACGGUUCUUGUACAAACUUCCCACAAAUUUUGUACAACAACCGUGUCGCCUGUUCUGUUUAAACUACGCUCGUUUAGUUUCGGCAGAAAACAUGUUUCCUUGACGUUGUUUUCUUUUUUUUUAUGUUUAAUUGUUUUGUUUGUUUUUAUUUUUUUUUUUGGUCCGUUUAACGAACCGCACACACACAUACAAAUUUAGACUCGUAUACAUUAAUAACAUAACUAAUGUAACAAAAUAUUUAUAGAGCAUAAGUUUCUGUUGUCUCCAUUUUUAACUGUUACUUUUAAUGUUAUCAUUUUAGUCUUUCAACUGUACGCUCUAUUCGUCCACUCGUUUCAGUUUCUCGUUAGAAAUUAAGAUUGAGAAUGUAUUUAUUUUCAAACACCAUACACACAACAAACACAUACGAACUGCACAACACUACGUUGGAGUUUCACGUAAAUAUAUAAUGAUACAUGUUUCCUUUGAAUUCCUUUUCUGCGAUUUUAUAAUAUUUAUAAAAUCUUUUUUACUACACUGUAGCAAUUUUUCAAUGGAUAUUUAAUGUGUUUUACGGUUUAAACCGCA